UUUGAAAACUUAGGUAAAAAUUCAAGAUGCCUGGGCGUUCCAGUUCAAAUUCAGGUUCAACUGGUUUUAUAUCCUUCAGCGGUGUAGAAUCUGCUCUCUCCUCCUUAAAAAACUUCCAAAACUGCAUCAACACUGGAAUGGACACAGCUUCUAGUGUUGCUUUGGAUCUUGUGGAAACUCAGAGUCAAAUUUCAUUCCUUUGUAUGCACGUGGCUAUCCAGUUGUCCCAGCUCUGUUCUUUCCCCAAUGAAUGGUCUUGGUACCAAGUCGAAACUGAAGUGAGUAGUGAAUACAGUAUGGAUAAGGCGAUGGUUGAAUUUGCUAUGAUGGAUCGGGAACUAAAUCAUUAUGUAAAGGCUGUUCAGUCGACGAUAAAUCAUGUAAAAGAAGAACGUCCAGAGAAUAUACCAGAUCUAAAGUUAUUAGUGGAGAAGAAAUUUUUGGCUUUACAGAAUAAGAAUUCUGAUGCAGACUUUCAAAACAAUGAAAAAUUUGUGCAGUUUAAACAACAGCUGAGAGAACUGAAGAAGCAAUCAGGGAAACCUAAAGAAGAUGGAGGACACAGUGAGGUCGACAAGAUUAAGGAUAAGGAUGCGAGUAGAGCAGGCAAUGAACGAGGUUAUAGAAUUUUUUCUUCCAUUCUCAUCUUCCUCUCUUUCCUCAAACAAUUGUACUUGAAAGGGUUUCAGAUCCCACACACCGCUGCAGAAACAGUAAAGCACACAUUCUCAACGACGUGUUCAACUGGUCUGUGAACACGACGGGCCUUGCACCAGAUUUCAAGAAAUCAUUAACAUGUCUCCUCGCCAAAAAGGACAUCAGAGUAGAUAAUGGCAAAACCCUCAGUGAAUCCUGGAAUUUUUUAAAAAAUUAACUGUUGCAUCAAAUAAGUCGACUGUGCAGUGGGAUUUUUAAUCAGUUUUUCCCCUUUCUCUUCUAUUCUUCCUCUUUCACUACAACCUCCAGCCAGAAUAACUGACUAUUAAAUUUCACCAUAAAUUUACCAGGAAUUUACACAGGGUAAUCCUCAGUUGUCACUAUGAUUUGAAAUACUCUCUCUUUUAUUCAUAGAUUAGGACCUCACCAAAAUUUCAGAUAGGAUAAGUAAAUAUAAAAUCUUGAAAAUACUUCUUUUUUUUUUACAAACUUGGUUCCUAAAAAUGAUUAUUUAAACAAUCACAGUUAGGUUCGUUUAUACAGCUGGAACUCUGCAGCAAAAUAGGAUACUGUUGGAUUAUUAGUAUGUCUAAUAAGUUGGUGAGGCCUCUAUCCCUGUGUCACUGCAGGCUCUCUGUGUAGUGAUGUGGGGCUGAAUUGCUAGACAGGUGGUUAUGGACCAUUCUUGAUUAUUUAGGUGCUGGUUAACCAAUCAGUGAAUUCUUUAGGCCUUUUGACCAAAUUCACCAUCGUUUGGCUUUCAUUUUCUUGGGGUGAAGAAUGAUGCUAAGGAGGACAGGGUCCCAGUUUCAUCCCCGUGUGAGCAAGUCUCUGGUUUCACACCAGAGACUCUUGGAUGUAAAAUCACUAGCUACACUGUGGCCUCUGCAGUGGUGGAAGUUAGGCGAGGUAGCAUCGAAACACUCAAAACCAAGCCUUGUACCACUGCUGAAGUGCUUACCCUAGCUUAGUGAACUAGUAACAGCUGCCUAUGAUACAAAAGUUAGCAUUUCCUAAAGCAAACUAGGCAGUAUAGUAUGUUAUAUGCUGACAUAAGGAAUUACCAAAAAGGGAAAAAUCCUAUUCGCUUCCUUCAUUAAAUGUUUAUUUAAGGGUGAGAGGAUAAACCAUCGUCAACAUUUAUAAAAAGUACCCACAACUCUCAAAACUACCUGUAAUUUUCAGAACUUUCAUGCAUCUUCUCAUUUUACCAAAGUACAUGAUAUUGUCAAGAUUCCUGCACAUGGGGAAGUCCAUAAACUGUGCUCUAAAUAAAGACAGAGGAGUAGAAGGAGCCGGAGAAAGAUGGUCCCCUGAGAAGCAAUGAGUGUUUGCCCCUCUCCCUGCCCCCCCUUUCCCAGCAGCCCAGGCCAUGGCCUUCCUCUUUCUUUUUCUCCUGUUGAAGGUCAGAGUCUAGACCGGGAUUCACUGGACAGAACUAGAAAGACAACCAGCUUGGUAGCACAGAACUAUCCUGCACUUGGGCAGCGUAAUGACAAGCUGAAGUUUGCAGUUCUCAAAAUUAUACAGAGAUCUUCAGACACGGGUCCUUCGUGGCGAGGCCCCCCUUUCACCUGCUGGCUGCACAAGGACCCCGUAUACAAUGGCAGAGUAGACCCAGCUCCUUUUCCCUCUCUGUUCUGUCUUUCUAAAUCCUUUUUCUGGCAUCAUCUGUUUUUCUUUAGUCUUCCUGGAGCCCCCUAACUCCUCUGAUUCUUGUCCCUUUUCAAUAAAAGGUUUACCAUACGUGUUGUUUUCAUUAAGUCAA